CGGCGCAGUGCGCAGGCGCGGCCGGCGGGCUUCCCGGCUCCUCUCUGCGGCCGCUCGUCCGACGGCCGCUCUUCCGCCCCUGCGCCAUGGCGGGCUGCGCGGCGCGGGUUCCGCCCGGCUCCGAGGCGCGCCUCAGCCUGGCCACCUUCCUGCUGGGCGCCUCUGUGCUCGCCCUGCCGCUGCUCACGCGCGCCGGCCUGCAGGGCCGCACCGGGCUGGCGCUCUACGUGGCCGGGCUGAACGCGCUGCUGCUGCUGCUCUACCGGCCGCCGCGCUACCAGAUAGCCGUCCGAGCUUGCUUCCUUGGCUUUGUGUUUGGCUGCGGUGUGCUGCUCAGUUUCAGCCAGUCCUCUUGGAAUCACUUUGGCUGGUAUGUGUGUUCACUGGCGCUGUUCCACUAUUCUGAGUACUUAGUCACAGCCGUCAAUAAUCCCAAAAGUCUGUCCUUGGAUUCCUUCCUCCUGAAUCACAGUCUGGAGUACACAGUGGCUGCUCUUUCUUCUUGGGUAGAGUUCACCCUUGAAAACAUCUUUUGGCCAGAGCUGAAGCAGAUAACCUGGCUGAGUGCCACGGGGCUAGUGAUGGUGGUCUUUGGAGAAUGCCUGAGGAAAGCUGCCAUGUUCACGGCUGGUUCCAACUUCAACCACGUGGUGCAGAAUGAGAAGUCAGACACCCAUACUCUGGUGACAAGUGGGGUGUAUGCUUGGUUCCGGCACCCUUCCUAUGUGGGGUGGUUUUACUGGAGUAUUGGAACCCAGGUGAUGCUGUGUAACCCCAUCUGUGGUGUUGUCUAUGCUCUCACGGUGUGGCGCUUCUUCCGUGACCGAACAGAAGAGGAAGAGAUCUCGUUGAUUCACUUCUUUGGAGAGGAAUAUUUGGAGUAUAAAAAGAGGGUGCCCACGGGCCUGCCUUUUAUAAAGGGGGUCAAGGUGGAGCUAUGAUGGGCAGGGACCAUGGGACCAUGGGGCCUCUGACCCUGCGCAGCUUGGGACAGAACUUAUUCCAGUCGGCCACUGCAGAAUGAUUUUCUUAGUCAUUUUAUAUAUGUCACUAAUUGUCUUCGGAAGUGUCACCCAAGACCAAAUGUCAGAAGGCCUUAGGACCAAAGGACCCACUGGAACAAUCUUUUCUUAUGCUGAAUCAAGGUAGGACACAGAUUAACAGUGAACAAGAAACAAAUCACAGCAAUAUUCAUCAGUGUCCCUUCCAGAGUGGCCCUGCAAGACCCCAGGCCACAGUCCAGUACCUCUGAGUGCACUGUGACCAGGACUGCUCGGAGCGGUAGACACUGCCCUCCCCGGAGCUUCUGCCACCGAAAGGGCGGGUGGGCAGCGAUGCCAAGUAUCAGCACUGAAAUUGCAUCAAAAACCUUUAAUUUAACUGAAAACACACAGCACAGUUUAACCUCUUUAUUGUCCUUCAGCGCAUGAACAUCUGUGUAGACAUUCUAAAGAUGCCUCUGUUGCACUUCGGCUCUCCCUGCAUUUAAUCCUAUUUGCGCAUCUAUUUCUUACAAAUGGUAUAAAUUCAAAGAGACCCCUUGGUGUUUCCCAGUUCAGCUUUUAUUCGGCUACAAGUAAGCACGGACCCCUGAAGUGGUGGUUGUGUGGGUUUAUGUGACCGCGGCUCCUGGGGUCUCACGGGCCCUGGUCUCUGUUUUUUCAUUACUCAGGGAGUGCUUGCCAAGUGCUCUUCUCUGAUGAGGGGAGGUGCUGCCUCCGUUUACUUGGCUUUUUACUCAUUCUCCUGCGGCUUCUAUUUUUGUCUCUCAGUGUAACUAUCGAGUGUUUUCUGCGCUCUCAGACUGCUGCCCAGUGCUGUUUAAACCAGCGUUUUCUCUUUUUUUUUGUCUUUUUUGAGACAGGGUCUCCCUGUAGCCCCAGGUGGCCUGGAACUCACAGAGAUCCGUCUGCCUCUGCCUCCCGAGUGCUGGCAUUAAAGCAUGCGCCACCACGCCUGGCUUAACCAGUAUUUUCAAAAAGGGUUCUGGCACAUCAUAUACUAUUGCAAGUUCAGGCAAAUCAGUAGGUUAUCCCAGCCGAAGUUCUGUUAGCAUUUUUGUUCUUUACGUUUGGGGAGAACAUUUGGCUUUUUCUCUGUCAGACAUAAAAGCUUUAAGAGUUGAAACCCUUGUUUAAUCCUGGCCUGGACAAGAGCUUGGUCAUGGUGUGAGA